AUGAACGCUGAAGUAUUGAGUAAUGCACCAGAAUCAUGGUGGCGCUACAAUAAUGGUAAGGUUGUGUGCAGUGUGGGUGCUCCACCCGGGGCUAACACGGACGAGUGGACGCUACACAUCAAGUACGCCCAGCCAGGGGACGGUGGCUGGUACGAGUGUCAGGUCAACUCUGACCCCAAGAUCACCAGGCCUGUCCUCCUCAUUGUCAAGGGUACCCAGGUACACAUCUCGGGGGCUGAGGAACGGUACAUCCAGGAGGGCAGCGUGCUGGCGGUGACCUGUACCGUCGCCCACCACCACAUGAAGGGUCCUCACGCCGUGGUGUGGUACCAGGGCGCCCGCAGACUGGACUACGAUGCUCCGAGAGGCGGAAUAGCUCUCCAGGUGACGUGGAUGAGACGACGAAACCUGCACAUCAUCACGGCGGGACUCCUCACCUACUCUCCUGACGACCGCUACAGAGUGCUGCACCCGGGGAACACGGACGAGUGGACGCUACACAUCAAGUACGCCCAGCCAGGGGACGGUGGCUGGUACGAGUGUCAGGUCAACUCUGACCCCAAGAUCACCAGGCCUGUCCUCCUCAUUGUCAAGGACAAGAAUAUGGACGACCCGUUCUACCAGCUGGAGGCCUCUGACAAUGGUACCCAGGUACACAUCUCGGGGGCUGAGGAACGGUACAUCCAGGAGGGCAGCGUGCUGGCGGUGACCUGUACCGUCGCCCACCACCACAUGAAGGGUCCUCACGCCGUGGUGUGGUACCAGGGCGCCCGCAGACUGGACUACGAUGCUCCGAGAGGCGGAAUAGCUCUCCAGACAGAGAAGGCGCCGAGCAGAACGGUGAGCAGGUUGAUGUUGUCAGCGGUCACCCCCAACGACUCUGGCAGAUACACCUGUCGACCAGAUACUGGCGGAGUCUCGUCCGUCUCUGUGCACGUCCAGUCUGGUCAGCACCAGGCCGCCGUCCAACAGAGCGGGUACAACACCUCCAUCAACGAGACAUAUUCCAUUCAGGUCAUCAUACUCUUCAGCGCCCUCAGUCAACUGGUCAUCACCUCUCACUUCCGAUGACCAACAACCCUUCCCUCGGGGACGUGAUAACCAAAACAUUGUCGGGAAAUUGACUAUUUUUGUAAAUAAAAUAGAGAGAAAUCAAUAUAUUUUUUAGUGCCGUUAUGCACCUGAGGUGUGUGGAACACAACGGUUUGUUCCAAGUGAUGGCACUCAUCGUAGUGUCCUGGGUGUUGUUCCAGUGGUGGGGUACACGUGG